AUGGCCCGACUCCGACUCGACUCGACCAGCGUCACAUCGUUCAACAUCCCAACACAACCCCAGCACCCUCUCUUCUCUCUUGACGAAGACACCGACAAACCAUUCUUUCCCCCUCAUACUUUUCUGCAGCCUCUCGAUCACUUCUCCUCACAAUCUCCCCAGUGGGCGCAAAGGUACUGGCUGAAUGCGCGCUAUUACACUCCCGGAGGUCCUGUCUUUCUGUUCGAUACUGGCGAAGGACCGGGGGAGGACAGGUUCGGGGUGCUGGAUACAGGCAUCGUCGCCAUUCUGGCGAGGGAGACGGGUGGAAUGGCCGUCGUGCUAGAGCAUCGGUAUUAUGGUCAAUCGAUGCCUGUCUCGAACCUAUCUACCGACUCUCUCCGUUUCUUGAACAACGCUCAAGCGGCGGCAGACAGCGCCAACUUCAUGCGUUCUGUCCACUUCCCCGGGGUAGACGAGGACGUCAGUGCGCUCAAUCGACCCUGGAUAUACUACGGAGGCUCGUAUGGCGGGGCUAGAGCGGCGCAUAUGCGAGUCCUUUACCCAGAGCUUGUCUGGGGGGCGAUCGCUUCGAGCGCCGUGACCAAUGCUGAGAUCAACAAUUACGAGUAUUUUGAAAUCAUUGCAGACUACGCCUCCCCACAUUGCAUCAGCGCACUCCGAGCCUCCAUUUCCCUCAUAGACACCCAUCUGUCUUCGCCUUUCCUCGCUCCGUUUAUGAAGUCUCUCUUCUCACUAUCCCCUCUCUCCAAUUCAGACUUUGCUGCGAUUCUCUCCGCCCCCCUCGGGGCGUGGCAGGGGAAGAACUGGGAUGAGCGGGAGGCACACAGGCCAGGGGAGUGGGAAGAGUUCUGUAAGUGCUUGACCAGGGGAGUCGGUAACGGCAUGGGCAAGGUGGCCGCCUGGAUGGCAACUAGGAACUAUGCGCAGUACAUCAAGGACACGGUCGUAUCGGAAUGUCCGGAGGGGAUGACUGUCGCGGACUGCUUCGGAUCGGACGAUCCAACCAAGUUUCAGAACACCUCCAUCACAGAGUCUUGGAGAUCGUGGGCAUUCCAAGUGUGCACCGAGUGGGGAUAUUUCUUCGCCGCCCCGCCCUACCCGUCCAUCGUGUCCCAGCAUCUACAAAUAGAUGCAAAUGCGAAGCAUUGUCAGGCGGCAUUCCCUAAUGGAGAACACUACAUCAUCCCCGCGUGGCCUAAUGUAAGCAUAGUGAAUGAGUUGGGGAGUUACGGCAUCGCCGCGGAGCGGUUGGCGCUUAUCGAUGGUGAAUGGGAUCCAUGGCGCCCAAGGACGCCGCACAGUAUCCACGCGCCGGUGCGGAAUGAUACGAUUUCGGAGCCGUUCAUGCAGAUUCCGGCCGGCGUGCAUCACUACGAUGAGAACGGUCUGGCCGAUCCGAGAAAGGAGCCGUUGUAUAUCCAAAAGGUACAUCAUGAGGAGAUCGGAUUUGUCAAAGCCUGGCUGGCGCAGUGGCGCGUUCUGCAUGGGAGACUGGUAACAGAAGUCAUGUAA